CCGCCGCCCGCUCAGGUAGUCACUUUGUUCUGUCGGUCCAAGUAGACCUGUUGUUCUGUAGACUGAUCUGACAUUUCUGUAAGUGGACGGGAGUGAGUGAUGAAGUGUUUGUGGAUAAUCCUAGGCCUGGUCCUGGUGGCACUCCUGAGCCUGCCCGCGCCCUCUGACGCUAAGAAGAAAAGAAAAUUCGAGGGCGACUUUGAAUUUGCUGAUGAGGACGAAUCCCGAGUUCUGAGCGGAAAGACGGGAGAGAAGAAACGAUGGAUUCAUGACCCCAGCAGCGACCUCUGCCAUCCGCUGAACUGCAAGAAGAAGGAGCUGUGCCUACUGGAAGAUGCCUUCACGGCGGUCUGUGUUAGCAAGAAGGAGCUGCACAAGAGCGGUGACAUCGUCAUCCCCAAGUCCAAGCUCCAGGAGGAGGCCAAACAAGAGCCUGAUGACGUCUUCUACGACAGUGAAGACGAUUCUGAUGACGAGGAGGCUGACUCUAACCAAGACAUUGCCACACUAGAGUGUUACCCCUGUCCCAUUGUGAAGCCCACGUUUCUCUGCGGCACGGACAACCGCACAUACAGCUCUCUCUGUCGACUAGACUACCACAACUGCCUUCACCAUACCAACAUCAGGGUUUUGUGUAAGGGCUUCUGUCCAUGCAAAGAUGGAGAUCUCCACAUGAGAAAGAAGCAGAAGCAAGCAGAGCUGAUGUCCAACUUCAUGACUAAGUACAAGAACACAGUAGGAACAGCCACAGCAAACAGCGACAAGCCGAAGUCUGACAAGCAGCAGUCGGUAGCUGACAAGUACACUUUCACCCCUCAAGACUUCAAGUACGAGAACAAGCACUACAAGUACAUCAAGUACACUAAACAUGAUAACAAGAUUUCCAAGGACGUGUACAGUGUGACCAACCCUCCCUACUAUGAGGACAAGGAGCGACAGAGAGGUGACAAUGAAGUGUUCGACACGAAGCCCACCUCUGCAGCUGGAGCUGGUGCCUGGAGCAAGGACUGCAGCCCUGCCGCACUUCAGGCCAUGGGUGAUCGACUGCUUGACUGGUUCAGUGUCAUCAUGGCCGACGCCAAGCGGCGGCGCACUCACAACAAGGGCAAAGGACGCUUCCCAGUGGGCUGCAAGGGUGAAGUGCGCUGGAUGUUCCAGCACCUGGACAUCGACUCAGACUCCCAGCUGUCCCUACAGGAGCUGUAUGACCUUGAGCAUGACCAGAAUGAACACUGCAUCAAACCCUUCUUGGAUGCUUGUGACACCGACAGGGACAUUUUCGUGAGUCCCCACGAGUGGUGCAAGUGUUUUGACAAGACAGACAGACCUUGUGCAGCUGUCAAGAGGAGAAUUACAUCGAAUAUUGGAGUGUAUGUGCCCGAGUGUGACGGGGAGGGUUACUACCAAGCCACACAGUGUCACUCCUCAGUAGGCAUGUGCUGGUGUGUGGACAAGCAUGGAGUUGAGUUACCAAACUCCAGAACUAGAGGAAAACCCAACUGUGAGGCUUUGAUUGGUAAGAGCAAGCCAGCAGCUAAGCUGCCGCCAGUCGAUGAUCUGAACAAUGACAACGAUGACGAUGAUGAUGACUCAGAUCAAGAUUUAGAAGGGAGUGCGGACCAGCCUCUAGACUUCUAGACAAGCGACCACGAUGCCAUCAGGUUCCCGCCUGGGACCAGAUGGCUGUAGGAGGGGCACGCCUAAACGCACCUCAACAACAUUCAAUUCCAAUUGUUAUGUUAAAAUCUGUGUGUGCAAUACAAUGUGUACGUCACGUCAACCCUCAAUACAACGUGUACGUCAUGACAACCCUCAAUACUGCACGACGUAACAGUUGGAAUUAGACUGAUACGUGGCGCUUACUGUAGAAACUCAACUCACCAUGUUCUAAACUCCCCUCCCCCUCUUCACUUGUAACAGAUUUUUAAAAUCAUUUAGAUCUAAUGAAACUAAAAAAAUGUUUUGCACUUGAAAUAAAUUGGUAUUCAAGUAUUUAAUGUUGUUGAUAGGCUGAGGAUUCACUUGUUUUUACAUUAUAGGCUAUGUACUUAUUAUUUUUUAUAAGCUUUACUUAAAUUAAGUAGAUUAAUUGUUGUUUUGUUAUUGGUGUUUUGUGUUUCAUAGUUGUUCCAUUAAGUGGAUAUUCUAUCUGUCCAUCACAGAAAUGGCUAAAAUGUAUUAUUCCAUGAGAACGUAUUAUUGGUGUCCUCUCGACGAUUGGAAAAUUUUACUUUCAACGGAAGAAGUUGUACAUUGAAUUUUUUUGUUUCUGAGAAAACAUUCCAAAUUACCUUAUUUAUGUAGAUAAUAAAACUAGCCGUCCGCUGUCUUUAUUUUAAUUUAUUAUUUUUUAAAGUUUUUGAAAACUAUUAUUUGAAUUUUAAUAUAUUUAAGUAAUUAGAUGUAAGUAGUAUAGUAGUUUAUGAAAAUCUUAUAUUUCUAUCCCAACAAUGUAUCAACCUGUUGCUACACUCAUUCACUUAUUAUUUAAAAGCACACAAAUGCGCUCUAUAUUAAAAUAUCAGUGUAAAUUGUUUUUGUAUUUCUUAACAUUUACCACUACACUACAUCCAAAUUGAAGUUCCGUUUUGUCACCAAGUUUUAGUGUGAUUACAAUAAAUACGCUAAAUUUAUGUUCAGUCAUUAUAGGGCUUAGCCCUUUACGAAAUGUAGUUGUUAGAGCCUAGUUCUCAUAGAAAUAUUAAAAAUAAUUUACAUUGAUAAUCUGUUUGCUUUUAUAAUUCAAUAGUUUAUUCACAAAAUUACUCUUAACAAUUUAGGGACCUACAGGUUUCACAUUUAAUGGAAUCCUAUAGUAAUAAGCCAUAAAUUACUAUAUUAAUUUUAGCUUAACUGUAAGUAUUGGCCAUAACAGCUCCGUACUCGUUAUUGUUAGAAGUUUAUAUUGUUAGACCUAAUUUUGUUUCCGUGUGAAAUGUGAUGUUUUCUGUAGAUUCCCCUUGGAGCAACUUUUGUAAAUAAAUACUUAGAAUUUGACAAUGGCUGCAUUUCUCAUCGCAAUUUAAGUUUUUACCAAUCAAUGCAAUUUUUUUGUAACUUGAUCGUUAAGUGCUUUUGGAUGUUGUAGUAGAUCCGUGCCCUAGUGCCGUGCGUAGUACAUGUCAUAAAUGUCUACUAAUUUCGUACAGUAUUAUUUUUUAAGGUAAAUUUUUGCACUGGAAUAACUCAUUAUCAACCUUAAAAUCGUAAAAAUGUUAAAUCUAAUUAAUAGUACCUCUUCAAAUCAUAGUGUUCCUCUCAAAAAGUAUGUUUGACGAUGGUAUCUAAAGCGUCAGAUUGAUCGAUCUUAUUUCAAAUUUGAACAUUUACUUCUAGAAACAUUUAAUAAACAUUUUUAAAUGGUUUGAAUGAAGGAAAAUGUACCGAACACUUGAAUUUUGUUAUUGAAAGCAGUAAAAUGGAUACAGUAUAUAAGAUAAGUGACCUUGUACAAGCGUACAAGGUUACCUGUACACUUGUUUUUCAGUGUUGUCAAUUUGUAAAUUAAGUUAUAGAUGCCAGUGCAAUACUACAUAGCAGCUCUCAUGUACUUUGUAUGAUGUAUUCUUUCAAUUAGUAUGAAUGAGAUUUGUGUAUUUGGAAAUAACAAAUAUAAAUUAAGUACACUA